AGUCCGAAGAUGGCGACGGCCCAGCUGUACUGCGUCUGCCGGCAGCCGUACGACGUGAGCCGGUUUAUGAUAGAAUGCGACAUUUGUAAGGACUGGUUUCACGGCAGCUGUGUCGAGGUUGAAGAGCACUAUGCUGUGGACAUUGACGUCUACCACUGUCCCAACUGUGAUGUCCACCACGGACCCUCUCUCAUGAAGAAACGGAGGAAUUGGCACAGACAUGACUACACCGAGCCAGAUGACGGCAGUAAGCCAGUGCAGGCUGGCACCUCAGUUUUUGUUCGGGAGCUGCAGGCCAGGACCUUCCCCAGUGGAGAUGAGAUCUUGCAGCCAAUGCAUGGCGGUCAGGUCACCCAGAGAUAUCUGGAGCGGCAUGGCUUCCGCUAUCCCAUCAUUGUAUCCAAAAGGGAAGAACUUGGUCUCCGGUUACCUCCGCCGGAUUUCUCCAUCAAGGAUGUCGAGCGUUAUGUUGGAGGUAACAAAGUAAUCGAUGUCAUUGAUGUGGCCAGGCAGGCGGACAGCAAGAUGAAACUGAAAGCGUUUGUCAAGUAUUAUUACAGCCCUCAGCGGCCCAAAGUCUUGAACGUCAUCAGUCUGGAGUUUUCAGACACCAAGAUGGCAGAGUUGGUGGUCGUCCCUGAUAUCGCCCAGAAAAUGUCUUGGGUGGAGAACUACUGGCCUGAUGACUCUUACUUUCCCAAGCCCUUUGUGCAGAAGUAUUGUUUAAUGGGCGUCAAGGACAGCUAUACAGACUUCCAUAUUGAUUUCGGGGGCACGUCUGUGUGGUACCAUGUAUUGUGGGGGGAGAAGAUUUUUUAUUUAAUAAAGCCGACCCCAGCUAAUCUUGCACUAUACGAGGAGUGGAGCUCAUCCCCGAACCAGAGUGAGGUGUUCUUCGGGGAGAAAGUGGACAAGUGCUACAAAUGUGUCGUGCGGCAGGGAACAACACUUCUGAUUCCAACAGGAUGGAUCCAUGCAGUUCUCACCUCUCAGGAUUGCAUGGCUUUCGGAGGAAACUUCCUCCACAACCUCAACAUUGGCAUGCAGCUCAGGUGUUAUGAGAUGGAGCGGCGUCUGAAAACUCCAGACCUCUUUAAGUUCCCUUAUUUCGAGGCCAUCUGCUGGUACGUGGCGAAGAAUCUGCUGGAGACUCUUAAAGAAUCUCGAGAGGAAAACUGCCUGCCUCCAGAAUACCUUAUCAAGGGAGUCAAAGCGUUGAUAACUGCACUGAGGAACUGGCUAAAAAGAGAGCUAGUCACCGAGCCAGCCAGCGAGGUCCCAGACCAUAUCAGACCCAACCAUCUCAUUAAAAUGCUCACCAAGGAAAUCCAGUACCUUGAGUACCAGAACGGGAACUGUGGAAACAAGCCAAUGAAACUUCAAGAAAGCUCCAUUUGUCCUUCCACAAGGUCUGCACACGAGCGAGGGUCUCAUGCACGCAAGACCGCCAGACGCCUUCACGGCCCUAAAGCUCCCUCACACCUGGAUAUCUAUGAGCAGCACACGCAGGAGGUCUUGAAAAGACUGGAAAUGGGUCCCUAUGAGGAGGAUGCCUCCUUUAACCUGAAAGUCAAUGGCAAAUUCAAUAAGGUUUCGACAGCUUCAGCCGCAGCAGCAGAACGCAGUUUGGAAAAUGACCUGCGUCUGGUUCUGUGUAAUGGACAAAUAGUGAGAGAUAACAGGCAGCAUGUUACAGAAAAAAGACCAAGGAUAAAGGAAGAGGAGGAAGGCCGAGACGUGAAGAGGGACUCACUCAAGAUCAAACUGAUCCCUAAAGAGGAGGAACAGGAAGUGCACAUUCAAGUGAAAGAGGAGGAUAAACGUCAUCUUGUAGCCAGAGGAGUAAAGGACUUCACAGAUAUGAGUAAAGAAGAGAGUUCAGAUCUCAGGAACAGAGAAUCAGUACUUUCAGACAUUUCAUCAGACUCUGAAUCGGAUACAGAGUUUACUACACAGAAAAAGAACUGCUCUGAGGAGGAAUCCGAGAGUUCUUCAGAGGAAGAGGAGGAUGAAAAGAUGAAGAGGGUUGGAGACGACAAAGUUAACACCAAAAGCUGCUCUAGCUUCACUAUGGAUACACACAAGUCCCGGCGAAGAAUUAGCAGUUUUGAAAAAUGUCUUAAAAGAGAAUCGGUCACCUUGGCCAGUGCUGAAGAGGAUGCUAUCCAGGGAAUGCUGGCUGUUGCAGGACUGCUGUAUUCUCACCCAACAAAAGAUCCCAGCAGCUCACAGGAAUCCUGGUGGUCUCGGACCAACCACACCUCUCCUGAAUACAGUAGAAAGAAGGUUGCAUCAGGAGAGGAGAAUCAGGAUUCAGACAGCAAUUCUUCACAGGAGGAUUUUGAGGCUCGUGAGCACUCAGGAGGAGGAUGCCACUCGAGCAAACUCCAGCACAGGAUCCAGGAGCACAAGAGCUUCAUGGACAGUCAGGGCAGCAGCAGCAGCAGCAGUAGUAGUGAAACGUGGAGCAGUUGCACACAGUCUCCAGCUCACAGGGAAAGCCCAACAAUGACCUAUCAGUACUGUGAGACCUCACUGUCACCACCACUGCACCCGUCUAAGAGGCCUGCCGCAAACCCUCCACCAGUCAGCAAUCAGGCCACCAAAGGUAAACGUCCUAAGAAAGGCAUGGCCACAGCGAAGCAGAGACUGGGCAAGAUUCUCAAACUCAGCAGACACAAACCCUUUUUUGUGUAGUCCCAAUAAUGGCAGAGGAUUCAGGAUGCUAACCGUGUGUAAAGGUGACAGGGUAUCAAGUGUGUUUGAGUCAACACAGCAGGUCAAAUAAGAAAAAAAAAGAUUGGUGUUCGCUACCAAUAAACCUAAAGCUAUGGAAUGAUCUGUUUUGCUAAGAUACAUCCAAAGAAACAAGGAAAACAUGACUGAAAACAUCGCUUUUUAAAGUUUUCAAUUUUUUUCUCAACUAAAAUGCAUCAGGAUGUCGACUUAACCAAGUGAUGGACUGAUUUCGUAAAGGUGCUUGACUUUGGUCUUCAUAUUUUGUGAUGGCAACCGACUUUCUCGCAAAUUAAACGAAAAUUUGCACUCACUGCCUCAAGAGUCACCCAGAACUACCUGUCAAUCAAAAUGUCGUCACGUUUUGAGAGAAAGUAAAGUGUAUUUUGUAUUAUCUUGAUAUAUUUUGGGUAGUUUAGGUACAUUUUGGUCGUCUGUCGCCAUCUAGUGGGCUCAUUGUUCACACCAGGACAAUUUCUUUAAUUUAUUCCAAUGUUUUGGUGCUGUUAUUAAAUGACGUAUUUAUUACUGAUGAAAGAAUUUAUUCUGUUGUUCAUUCGGGGUCUGUUUCGAAACGCAUUUAGAUGUUUGUGCACAAUAUGUCAUCCGUAUCUGUAUUGCGUUGUGGGUAAGAACAAAAUGUGUUGUGUAAAAAAAAAGCCAAUGUUUAAUCAAAAUACCUGGCCAACAUUUUUGUUACCUCAAGGUGAUUUUUUUCCUUAAAA